AUUCUUCCAGAGGGCGCUGAUGACUUAACGAAGAAUUCCGAGCAGAGCAAAAAUAGUGUGCUGAUGUUGUCCACAUUUACCUGGAAAAUCAAGUGAAAAUGGACUUAAAUCUACUGAUUGGCAUUGCUGGCAGCUUGCUGGUGAUCCUCCUGACCACACUGUACUUCCUCAAUAAGGGAAAGACAGAGAAAAAGGAUCCCGGAAAUCAGGCUCCAGCACGAAGGGGUGUUCCUGUGCGAGUGCAGGAGGGUAUUCCGCGUCGUGCCCAGCUGGCGCGGAAUCAGCGAAACCGACUGAGGCAGGCCAAUGUGGCGGAGGAAGAGCCAGAAGAUGAUGAUGUGGAGGACGAGGCAGCUGGUGAGGCGACGAGUGAACGGCCGAUGCCUGACUUCGCCGGGGAGAAGAUGGGGGCCAAGAAGCGAGCCAAGCUCGAGGCCAAGGCGGAGAAGAAGGCGCAGCGCGAGGCGGAAUUGCGCGUGAGGGAGGAGAGGAAGAAGAAGGACGCGGUGCUCGAGGAGGAGCGUCGGAAGGCGGAUGAGAAGGAGCGCGAAGAGGAACGGGCGCGAGAGGAGGCAGAGAAGCGUGCUCAGGAGGAGCGCGAGAGGCGCGAGCAUGAGGAGUAUCUCAAGCUGAAGGCCACCUUCGAUGUGGAGGAAGAGGGCUUCGAGGAGGGCGAAGAUCAGGAGAAUCUGCUCAGGGACUUCGUGGAGUACAUUGAGCGCAACAAGGUCGUGGUGCUGGAGGAUCUGGCCACGCAGUUCAAGCUCAAGACACAGGCGGUCAUCGAUCGCAUCACGGAUCUGAAGGCCGAGGGAACGCUGACGGGCGUAAUUGACGAUCGGGGCAAAUUCAUCUUCAUCUCAGAGUCCGAACUGAAGGCAGUGGCCAAGUUCAUCCGGCAGCGUGGCAGAGUGUCCAUCGCGGAGCUGGCAGAGUGCAGCAACACGCUCAUCAAUCUUGUACCUGUUUCUUGAAGAGACAUCAAGGAAAGAGACCCACUUUUCCCUCAACUGGCGUCAUUUUCAUUGAAUCCGUUCAUAUGUGAUGAAAAGCAGGUGAAUAAAUUUAUA